GCCGGCAUUCGCCGCUGGGACUCCGAGCGAGAAUAUCGUACCUAGAAAUUAAAAUGUCAAAACCAAAGUCGGAAAAAGUUGGAAUCGUGGGCAGUGGCCUCAUUGGAAGAUCAUGGGCAAUGUUGUUUGCUUCUGUGGGCUACCAGGUGACGAUAUUCGAUAUCAUACCGAAGCAAGUCUCCGAUGCCCUGGAAGAUAUCAAGAUUCAGCUUAAGACCUUGGAGAAAGAUGGUCUGUUGAGAGGCACAUUGUCAGCUGAUGAACAAUACAAAUGUAUUAAGGGAUCAUCAGACCUAGCUGACGCGGUGCGAGGAGCCAUCCUCGUACAGGAGUGUGUACCGGAGAGCUUGGAGCUGAAGAAAAAAGUGUUCAAGAACUUGGACGCCGUCGUCGACGACGUGACCAUCAUGUCCAGUUCCACCAGCACGACUUUGCCCUCACUGUUCUCCGAAGACAUGAAACACAAGUCCCAGGUGAUCGUAUCACACCCUGUUAAUCCUCCCUACUACGUUCCCCUGGUGGAGAUUGUGCCGGCUCCGUGGACGAAGCCAGAAGUGGCGAAGAAGACCCGAGAGAUCAUGUUGGAGAUCGGACAGGAGCCAGUAUCACUGUCGAAAGAAAUUGAUGGAUUCGUUUUGAAUCGUAUUCAGUACGCGAUACUGAACGAGGUGUGGCGCCUGGUCCGCGACAAGAUUGUGGCCGUCCAGGAUGUAGACAAGGUGAUCUCGGAAGGUCUGGGCAUGAGAUACGCGUUCUUGGGCUCGUUAGAGACGGCGCAUCUGAACGCUGAAGGCAUGGAGAGUUACAUUGAAAGAUACGGCAACACCAUAUACAGCGUGAGUGAGACCAUGGGAGCGAACCCUCAGAUGACCAAGUGCUCCAGCGCACCGAGCAUCUGCGACCAGCUGAACAAGAUGGUUCCUAUCGAUAGACUGCCUGAAAGACGUGCCUGGAGAGACGCGUGCCUCACUCGCCUGGCGUUGUUGAAGAAGGAAAUGAACCAGAAGUACAAGAAGUAGAAUCAGUAUAACCGUUGUUAAAAUUAUUGUUAUGAUUUAUGAAUAAAUU